CCCGCCCUCUUCCGCGCGCCCGCUGCCGGGUCCUGCUCUGUCACCUCACACUAGUCGUUGCCGGUGGCGGCUGAGGGGGCGCGAGCAGCGCUGGGCAUCAGUGCCCCCCCCCCCGCCCCACUCCCGCCUCUCCCGACCCGCGUCGGGUCCGGGAAGGUCCCCGCCGCUGCCGGGUGCCUGAGGGACUUCGUGGCCGCCGCCGCCACGGGUCCUGAUGGAGCCGCCGAAUCGCUAUCCGGUGAAGCUCUACGUGUACGACCUGUCCAAGGGCCUGGCCCGGCGCCUCAGCCCCAUCAUGCUGGGGAAACAGCUGGAAGGCAUCUGGCACACCUCCAUAGUCGUGCACAAGGAUGAAUUCUUCUUCGGCAGUGGCGGGAUCUCCAGCUGUCCCCCGGGAGGGACAUUGCUUGGGCCCCCCGACUCUGUGGUUGAUGUGGGGAGCACAGAAGUCACCGAAGAAAUCUUUUUGGAGUACCUGUCCUCACUGGGGGAGUCUCUGUUCCGAGGGGAGGCCUACAACCUCUUUGAACACAACUGUAACACCUUCAGCAAUGAAGUGGCCCAGUUCCUGACCGGGCGGAAGAUCCCUUCCUACAUCACUGACCUUCCCUCUGAAGUUCUGUCCACGCCCUUCGGACAGGCCCUGCGGCCAUUCCUGGACUCCGUCCAGAUCCAGCCUCCCGGGGCGAGCACCAUGGGCCGGCCCAACGGUCAGAGCUGACGGGACUGCGGGGACCGCCUGCCUCUCCAGGGCUUUUCCUUUUUAAACAGAACAAACCCUAUCAGAUUUCUAUUUUAUAAUUUUACAUCAGAGCUAGCCAUCAGGGGGCGGCUUUCUAACGUUCCCAGGAGGGCGAGCCCGUCAGGCCGCUGCCGAGGCAGCACGCGGUGCCCCCCCACCCCCAAUAGCAUUAUACUAAUUUAUUAAGGCUGUCUUGUCUGUGCGUUCACUUCUGACGCUGCUUCCUGAGCAUCCUCCGCUCCGGAGACAGGGAGGCGGUUGGGCGGAGCAGAGGGGCCCAGGUGAGUCUGACGACACCCACGACCGGGAAGCAGUUCCUCCAGCAUUCACGGAAGCAGAGGACAUGGGACCCGGGAUAGCUUGGCCCAGCCUGAGAGCUUCGGCUCUCCCUUCUGACCCCACACGCCACCGGGCCAGGCCUGCUUCGGCGUCCCAGGAGAGUCGGGCCCGAAGAGACAGGAUAAAGCCAUUCCUCCUCCCGCCCAGACCCGUUGCCAACCCUCCGACGCCCGCUCCGGUGCCUCGAGUCUGCUCCCGCCGACUGGCACGGCCGGCCUAGCCCGGUCACAGCUGGGAACUGGGCCCCCGGCCCCACUCCCGUCAUUGUGCUCAGGCAGGGACGCCCUGCUCCGGGGUGAUGCUCCUGAGAUGACAAGAAAACGCGGAAUCGGGAUGGCCGGGAACCUCGUGUCAUUUCUGAGAGUGUUCCCUCUGCUGCUUUGACGCAUGGCGGGGCUGUGGGGGCCUCUCCCUAAAGUGCUUCCUCCAGGGACUGCGGGGCCGAGAACAGUCUGGGGCUGGAGAUGGGACAAGGCCGUCCCGAUUGCUCUCUACCCCCAUCAGAUCUCUGCCACGGUCCCCGAGCACUGCUGGGUGCAGCCCCCAAACUAAAACGGAACAGUCUGGAAGUUUUUUACCCGGCCAGGCUUUCAGCUGACCCCACCCCCCUCCACGACCGGGGGGAGUGAGGAGGGGGCAGGCUCUGAGCUGUGCCGGCUGCAGCAGAGGCCUUUGCUCGAGGUGCCUCUGGGGGCCCGGCCGGAGCACUUGUCAUUCUGCCUUAGCCUAUGAUUGUUCCCAGACAGCCCGUGGUGAUGCCAAAUGACAUUUUGGAACUCGGAAGGUUGGAGACCAUGCCAUCGAGCCCUUGAGUCCCUCCGCAGACCCUCCAGUUUGCCAGUGUUGCGGGGGAGGAGAGACUGGGGCGGGGGCUGUGCUGGACGUGGCUCCCCUGGGCCCGUGGCCAGCAGGCAGCACCCCCAAAGCAGGGCUCUGACCCAGAGCACGUGAGUGGUGUGUUUGUCAGUGAGCCUCUUCCCAGAUCUCCAGGGGAGGGCACCCCGGCCCAUCCUUCUAGCCCCGCAUCCCAGCGCCCGGGGAGAACGCCCCCGGCUGCCUGGCCCCGCGUUGAGCCCGAGCAGGCGGGCAGGGAGUGAGCCGAGUGUGCGUCACGCUGCAGACGCCCCCACGGAGGCCCGCCGUUCCCAGAAACAGCGCUUGUACCUUGGAAACGCCUUUCUGCCCCGGGAGUCGAGCUAGCUACUGUGUCGAGCGCAGAGGGGGUUGCUGGUUUGCUUUGGUGUUUUUUCUAAUGCAAUAAACUCAUUUCUGCCUGUG